GUUUAACCGUGUAUGAUGCAGGAGUCCAACGGAGUUUUAGAACUAGAUGACCUUUCACCAGAGCACGGACGUUCAGAUUCCUAUCGUGUGGCAACUGUACCCUCGAGUUACGAUGACAAUAAAACUGCAGAUGGCAGAGCAAAGUCACGAAGGAAGAAUACGAAGAAGGCAAGGAAAGCAGAUGAUUUAGACGACUUAAAACAAGAAUUGGACAUCGAUUAUCAUAAGAUCUCACCCGAAGAAUUGUAUCAAAGGUUCCAAACACAUCCAGAAAAUGGCCUCAGUCAUGCGAAAGCGAAGGAAAAUUUGGAACGGGACGGACCCAACGCACUCACACCACCCAGGACAACCCCCGAAUGGGUCAAGUUCUGUAAAAAUUUAUUCGGUGGUUUCGCACUCCUCUUGUGGAUCGGAGCUAUCCUCUGUUUUACCGCCUACUCCAUUCUGGCUAGUACCGUUGAAGAGCCGUCCGAUGAUAACCUUUAUCUCGGCAUUGUACUAGCUGCUGUUGUUAUCGUUACAGGUAUAUUUUCGUAUUAUCAAGAAAGUAAGAGCUCCAAGAUUAUGGAGUCAUUCAAAAAUAUGGUACCUCAAUUCGCUACGGUACUUAGGGAAGGUGAGAAGUUGACACUUCGCGCCGAAGAUUUAGUUUUGGGUGAUGUCGUCGAGGUGAAAUUCGGUGACAGAAUCCCAGCUGAUAUUCGUAUCAUUGAAUCCCGAGGCUUCAAAGUUGACAAUUCCUCAUUGACCGGAGAAUCCGAGCCACAGAGCCGGAGCCCCGAAUUCACUCACGAAAAUCCAUUGGAAACUAAGAAUUUGGCUUUCUUCUCGACCAACGCUGUGGAGGGCACUGCCAAGGGUGUUGUGAUCAGCUGCGGUGAUCACACUGUUAUGGGUAGGAUCGCCGGUCUCGCUUCCGGCUUGGACACCGGGGACACUCCCAUUGCCAAGGAAAUCCACCAUUUCAUCCAACUUAUUACCGGAGUCGCUGUGUUCUUAGGUGUUACAUUCUUCGUCAUUGCAUUUAUCUUAGGCUACCAUUGGCUCGACGCUGUCAUCUUUUUGAUCGGUAUCAUCGUAGCUAAUGUACCAGAAGGUUUACUCGCUACCGUAACCGUAUGUUUGACACUGACUGCUAAGAGGAUGGCCUCAAAGAACUGUUUGGUUAAGAAUUUGGAAGCUGUUGAAACUCUUGGAUCAACUAGCACAAUUUGCUCUGAUAAAACCGGAACACUGACUCAAAACAGGAUGACUGUCGCUCACAUGUGGUUCGAUAACCAAAUCAUUGAGGCUGAUACUACCGAAGAUCAAUCUGGCGUCCAAUAUGAUCGUACUUCUCCCGGAUUCCAAGCCCUCUCCCGUAUCGCUACUCUCUGCAACCGUGCCGAAUUCAAGCCAGGCCAAGACGGUAUUCCAAUUUUGAAACGCGAAGUUAACGGUGACGCUUCCGAAGCUGCUCUUUUGAAAUGCAUGGAAUUGGCUUUGGGAGAUGUUAUGAGCAUCAGGCGUAAGAAUAAGAAGGUUUGUGAAAUUCCAUUCAACUCUACCAACAAAUACCAAGUAUCCUGCCACGAAAACGAAGAUCCCAACGACCCCAGGCACAUCUUGGUCAUGAAGGGAGCCCCAGAACGUAUUUUGGAAAGGUGCAGCAGCAUCUUCAUCUGCGGAAAGGAAAAGGUCUUAGACGAGGAGAUGAAGGAAGCAUUCAACAACGCAUAUCUCGAAUUGGGUGGUCUCGGUGAACGUGUACUUGGUUUCUGCGAUUUCUUGAUGCCCAGCGAUAAAUUCCCACUUGGUUUCAAAUUCAAUUCCGACGACGCUAACUUCCCAAUUGAAGGACUCAGAUUUGUUGGUCUUAUGUCUAUGAUUGAUCCUCCGAGAGCCGCUGUACCAGAUGCCGUUGCCAAAUGCAGAAGUGCUGGUAUUAAAGUUAUCAUGGUCACUGGCGAUCAUCCCAUCACUGCUAAAGCCAUUGCUAAGUCUGUCGGUAUCAUCUCCGAAGGAAACGAAACCGUAGAAGACAUCGCCAACAGAUUGAAUAUCCCAGUAUCUGAAGUUAAUCCACGUGAAGCUAAGGCUGCUGUUUUGCACGGCACUGACUUGAGGGAACUUUCAUCGGACCAAUUGGAUGAAGUGCUCAGAUAUCAUACUGAAAUUGUAUUCGCCAGAACCUCUCCACAACAGAAACUUAUUAUUGUUGAAGGUUGUCAACGCAUGGGUGCCAUCGUAGCCGUAACUGGUGACGGUGUUAACGAUUCUCCGGCUUUGAAGAAAGCAGAUAUUGGUGUUGCCAUGGGUAUAGCCGGUUCUGACGUAUCCAAACAAGCAGCUGACAUGAUAUUGCUGGAUGACAAUUUCGCUUCGAUCGUUACUGGUGUAGAGGAAGGACGUCUUAUCUUCGACAACUUGAAAAAAUCCAUUGCCUACACUUUGACCUCCAACAUCCCUGAAAUUUCACCUUUCCUUGCAUUCAUCCUGUGCGACAUCCCACUUCCACUUGGAACCGUCACUAUUCUGUGCAUUGAUCUUGGAACUGACAUGGUGCCUGCCAUCUCACUGGCUUACGAGGAAGCCGAAGCUGACAUUAUGAAGAGACCCCCUAGGAAUCCUUACGAUGAUAAACUAGUCAAUUCUAGAUUGAUUUCGAUGGCCUACGGACAGAUUGGUAUGAUCCAAGCGGCUGCCGGUUUCUUCGUUUACUUCGUGAUCAUGGCUGAAAACGGAUUCUUGCCAAUGAUGUUGUUCGGUAUCAGGAAACAAUGGGACUCGAAAGCCGUCAACGAUUUGACUGAUUCCUACGGACAGGAAUGGACCUACCGUGACAGAAAGACUUUGGAAUACACUUGCCAUACCGCUUUCUUCGUUUCCAUCGUCGUCGUACAAUGGGCCGAUUUGAUUAUUUGCAAGACUAGACGUAACUCGAUCGUUCACCAAGGAAUGCGCAAUUGGGCCCUCAACUUCGGUCUGAUCUUCGAGACUGCCCUCGCAGCCUUCCUUUCAUAUACUCCAGGAAUGGACAAGGGUCUCCGCAUGUUCCCACUCAAAUUCGUGUGGUGGUUGCCAGCUUUGCCAUUCAUGUUGUCCAUCUUCAUCUACGAUGAGACUAGACGUUUCUAUCUGCGUCGCAACCCUGGAGGCUGGUUGGAACAAGAGACUUACUAUUAAGUGCAGCGACUGCCAACGCCCUGCGUCUACUCCCCCACAAAUUUUUGUUCACCUUUCUUCUCUAUUUCUAUUUUUAUUAUUACUACUACGAUUAUGAUUGAAUAGAACAAAAUCGAGGGAGACGCAGUUACUCUAUAUAGGAAAUACUUCGUUGGAGAAAUACUUGCGAGCCACCCCCAACACUGGCAGUUCACAACACAAGAUACACGCUCACAUUCGACUGCUUGAAGAACCGAAUGUAGAUGGGAAGCCUUGGAUGUAUAUCAUUGGCGAUGAUCGAAUGCACAAUAAUUUAAAAAUAUAAUAGAAAUACGAAUGUCAAAGAAGAGAGGGAAGAAAGAAAUGAAGGUCACACGAGUUGUUUCUGUAUGUUCUUUGUUGUAUUAGUUCGAUUUGGGCGGCCGUGGCUCGCGCACAUCACUCGAUUUUACUAUUUUCUACGCUAAUUAGGUUUUAAUUUUUAUAAAAAAAAACGAUAAAGAAACAAGACGGGGACUAUUUUCAUUGUGGGCGGGGCAACGAGUGCAAGUAUUCUUCCAACGACAGCUCUGUAAAAUAAAAAAAAUUAAAUGCAUAAAAAAAUGAAUAAUGAGGAAGUAAACAAUUGUUGGUUAUAUAAAUAUAUAGUAUAUAUAUAUUGGUUUUUUGUUUUGUGACAGUCUGAAUCUCAAGCAGUCGAGGUACGAAAGUUACGUUUAUAAUUUUGUUUUCUUUUUACUUUAUUUUUUGUUUAGAUGCAAUAGUGUUUUCAUACAUUCCAGUUGAAAACAGUUGCCUUAGUGCUGUCAGUCCGAGGAGGCGGGGCAACGCCGCAGGUUUCUGUUUUGCCGCGUUACCCCCACUCCACCAUCCGUAGUGUCGAUGUGAAUGACGAGUGUAGUAUUAUUAGGCUUUCAACACUUAGGUUAGCUAGAGUUGUAACUGUGUUGUUAAAUCGUGUUAAGUGUAAAAAAAGUCGUGCUCAAUACAACAUGACUACUAAUCACGAUGAUAAACGUUCAUUAUUACAUACCUAUUUCUUUGUAUAUAGUUUACUCACAGAUUCAUGCAGAUGGGGUAUGCCCGUGCAAGAUUCGGACACGCCCACCAAUUUCUGCCACGCCCACAUUUAUUAAAUACCAACCGCAUAAAUACAUUUGAUCAAUCAAAUUUUUGAAUCGACAGCAUAUUUCAACGCCAAGUAAGCAGAGAGGAAAUGUUCUUGCAAAUCAUUGACCAGUCAAGUUGGGAUUUAAUGUAAAAUCUAUAUUAGAUAUAAGAUGAGGGAGGAAAAGGUGCGUCACGUUGGAGAAUAACCGUUCAGAUUGAAUUUAAUUAUAUCAAACUCACUGAUUUGCAUUCAACAUUCUCCUCUCUCGACUUCAUUCGAGUUGUUCAAAUCUCCAAAUAGAAUACUCCAUCUGGAUAAUCUGUGUUUUAGUAUUAUAACAUGCGGCAAGCGGUACGCCAUAUAAUAUAAAUUAAUUUUUUUAUUAAAUAAAGUUAAACGAUAUAUUGUCAUCUGUCAGAGUAUAUAAUAACUAACUCCCCUGACACUUCAAUCCAAGCAACAACAACAAAAAAAGACAAAGAAAACAAAACAACAAAAAAAAUAUUUAAAAAAAAACGAUGCCCCCUCCGACUGCCUCUUAAUUUUCAACUUGUUUUUAUUAUAAAUAUUAUAUAAUAUAAAUAAAUAAAAUGUAAUUAAGAAUUAAGGAAUGGAAUAUACAAUAAUAAUUAAGCAUGAUUAUAUCAUCGAGAAGAGCGGGCGAGGAUGGCGGACGGUGGAAGAUGAUGGAGAAGAGAAAGAAGGUCAAGAGAAGAGCGUAAUCUGGGAAAAGAAGGCAGGAAUUCUUGAGAGAAGAGGAGAAAGAGGAUUGAAGGCGGGAAGAACGGACGUGGAAGAAGGUGUACCGCUAGUAUCUGCUUCUGUAGAGUCCCUAUUUUCAUAUACUCUGUCGCGCCAUGGUCCGAGACCACCUCACCACGGUAUUGUUAUCUUAUUGUAAAUAUUUUUAAGUGAUCACUUAAUUAUUAAUUUUAUUUUUAUUUUAUUUGUUCGCUUGUGUUCUUUUCACAUUUAAUGUUUUUCAUAAUGUAAUGAAGCUGUAUAAAUUUGGGUUUUAAUAAAAUGGAUGAUAGUAUUACAAA